AUGGUCAGUUUGGGGAUUUCCUUUCUGGCAUGGGCCCAGCUCAAUUUGUUGGCCGGCCGGCAGACACUAGCAACCACCUCAAUGGGGGAUGUUGAAGUUGGGCUAUUGGAAAGAAAUGGACAACUUGAAGUAGAAGUUAUUCAAGCUAGAGGUCUAACAGCGAAGGCUGGUUCUAAAACACCGCCAGCUGCCUACAUAAAAGUUUAUCUGCUAGAGAACGGUCUCUGCAUCGCUAAGAAGAAAACAAAAAUUGCUCGGAAAUCAUUAGAUCCAUUGUACAAUCAAGUGCUUGUAUUUUCCGAGAGUCCACAAGGGAAAGUAGUACAGGUAAUGGUUUGGGGAAAUUAUGGAAGGAUGGAGCGAAAGCAUUUCAUGGGAGUGGCAAGAAUACUUCUGGAAGAGUUGGAUUUAUCAAGCAUGGUUAUCGGCUGGUACAAGUUAUUCCCGACCUCUUCAAUGGUUGAUCCAUCAACAGGUCCACUUCUCCGUCAAGCUUCACAGCUUUCAUUGGAAAGCACUGUGGGACCAUGCUGUGAGAGAUCUUAA